CUCUCGGGAGAACGGCCCUGUCGGUGGAGAGUGGCAGUCGCCGCCGGAGCUCGCGGCUCGUGCAGUGAGAGAGGGACUCGGGGGAGAGUGAGCGAGCGCAGGUCGCCCGCGCGCCGGCAGCGCCGGAUCCAGACCAGAAGGCGGCCUCGUCACGAGCCGCCGGCAGCAGCACCCCGUCGGCGCGCUCGCCGGCGCCCGCCGCCAUGCCGGCCGCUCCUAACGCCCAGUCGGCCACCUAUGGCCUCGAGGAGGACGACUAUGACGCCGACGAGAAGACCCCGCUCACCGAAGACAUCUACGGUGGCAGUCGGCGGAGUAUCGUCCCGGAAACAAAGCGAUGGGACGUGUUCCGCGUGCUGCCCCCGGAGAACGACUCCGGCUCCGAGGCCAACCAGCGCUGCCUCGAGAUCACCGUCAAGAUCAUCAAGGUGAUCGUCAUCAUCAUCACAUUCGGCGUCGUCCUCACCUGCGGCGUCAUCGCCAAGGGCACCACACUCUUCAUGACCUCACAGCUCAAGACGGACAAGAGCGUCGAAUACUGCAACAGGAAUAUUGGCCUGGACAAGACAUGGCGGGUGCAGCUUCCGGACCUGGAGAAGGUCGCCUGGGUAUGGUGCAUCUUCUUCUGCUUCAUGGUACCCGAGGCCGGCACUCUGUUUCGCUCCACCAGGAUGUGCUUCUUCAAGUCGGUGCGCCGUCCCGGGUUCCGCGACUUCCUCGUCGUGGUGAUGUUCGAGACCCUACACAUCAUCGGCCUGGCGCUGCUCGUCUUCUUCGUGCUGCCGGACCUGGACGCCGUCAAGGGCGUCAUGCUCACCAACUGCGUCUGUAUCGUGCCCGGAAUAUUCGGCAUGCUGUCGCGCACCAACAAGGAGUCGAAACGCUUCUUGAAGACGGUGUGCGAUAUCGCGGCCAUCUUGGGCCAGGCCACCGGCUUUAUCGUGUGGCCCAUUAUCGAGUACCAGCGCGGAAACGUCAACGCCUGCUGGUCCAUCCCUCUGGCGGUGGUGCUGACGUCUUUCGGCUGGUGGGAGAACUACGUCGAUAAGAAGUCGCGCGUCAAGGCCAUCCAGUAUCUGGGAACCAUUAAGGAGCGGAUGAAGACGACACGCUACUUCACCUACCUGUUCGUGUCUCUGUGGAAGAUCAUGGUGUUCUUUGCCUGCAUGGUGCUCUUCAUGUACUUCCGUCUGGAGAACGUCGGCGACCUCUUCUCGAGGUUCACGGACAGCUUCGACCAGCACAAGCUGUUCGUCAACGAGACCGCUGGCGUCCCGAUCGGAGCCGUCACCGACACGGCCGACUUCGCGCGCUUCCAGGACACCAAGACCAUCCUCUCCGACGGCAACGCGCCCGUCUACGUGGCCCUGAUCCAGAUCUUGUGCGCCUACCUCGCCUACAUCUUCGGCAAGUUCGCCUGCAAGAUCUGCAUCCAGGGCUUCAGUUUCGCGUUCCCGGUGAACCUGACCAUCCCGGUGACGCUGUCGCUGCUGUUGAUGAGCUGCGGUCUGAGAGCCGGUGACUCGUGCUUCAUGCGCGACACCAUCCCCAGCUACCUGUUCUUCGAGUGCCCGUCUGGAGACUACAUCAAGGACUUCAUCGCUGGAGAGCACGUCUGGAUCUGGGUGCUGUGGCUGUUUUCACAAACAUGGAUCACACUGCACAUCUGGACUCCUCACUGCGAGCGUCUGGCGGCCACCGAGACGCUAUUCGUGACACCCAUGUACAACUCACUGCUGAUCGACCAGUCGCUCUCGAUGAACCGUCGCCAGGACGACGAGCCGGAGCGUCUCGACUCGGAUACUCGCGUCAUCGACCCAGACGAUCCGGACAGCACCCAGCACUACGAGACCAUCAGCAUCCACACCGACUCAUCGCAGACCGGUGGUGUCAAACCCUCGGACCACAUCACCCGCAUCCUGGCCUGCGCCACCAUGUGGCACGAGACACGUGACGAGAUGAUGGAGAUGCUCAAGUCGGUGCUGCGUCUCGAUGAAGAUCAGUCGGCCAUGAAGGUCGCCCAGGAGUACCUCAAGGUGCGCGACAAGGACUACUACGAGUUCGAGACGCACAUUUUCUUCGACGACGCGUUUGAGAUGUCCGAUGAGGACGAAGACGAGCAGGUGGCCAACCGGUUCGUCAAGCUGCUGGUCGAGUGUAUCGACGAGGCGGCCUCCCACGUCCAUCAGAUCCCGAUCAGACUGAGGCCCCCGGUGAAGACCCCGACUCCGUACGGCGGUCGGCUCACCUGGACCCUGCCCGGAAAGACCAAGAUGAUUGCUCACCUGAAGAACAAGAUGUUGAUCCGUCACAGGAAGCGCUGGAGCCAGGUGAUGUACAUGUACUACCUGCUCGGCUACAGGCUGAUGGAGCUGGACAUCUCUGUCGAGCGUAAGGAGAUCAUGGCCGACAACACCUACCUGCUGACUCUGGACGGAGACAUCGACUUCCAGCCGAACGCUGUCAAGCUGCUGGUCGAUCUGAUGAAGAAAAACAGGAACCUGGGCGCUGCUUGUGGCCGUAUCCACCCCGUCGGCUCCGGACCAAUGGUGUGGUACCAGUUGUUCGAGUACGCUAUCGGCCAUUGGCUGCAGAAGGCCACCGAGCACAUGAUCGGCUGUGUGCUCUGUAGUCCUGGAUGCUUCUCUCUGUUCCGCGCCAAGGGUCUGAUGGACGACAACGUGAUGAAGCGGUACACGCUGACUUCUCACCAGGCUCGCCAUUACGUGCAGUACGAUCAGGGAGAGGAUCGUUGGCUGUGCACCCUGUUGCUGCAGCGAGGCUACCGUGUGGAAUAUUCGGCCGCCUCUGACGCCUACACUCAUUGUCCUGAAGGCUUCAACGAGUUCUACAACCAGCGCCGUCGGUGGGUACCUUCCACCAUUGCCAACAUCAUGGACUUGCUCAUGGACUACAAGAACACGAUCAAGAUCAACGACAAUAUCUCGCUUCCCUACAUCGGAUACCAGACGUUCCUGAUGGCCGGUACGAUUCUGGGACCUGGCACCAUCUUCCUCAUGUUGGUGGGAGCUUUUGUGGCCGCCUUCCGGAUCGACAACUGGACCUCGUUCCAGUACAACGUCUACCCCAUCAUCGGAUUCAUGUUCGUCUGCUUCACGCUCAAGUCAAACAUACAGCUUCUGGUGGCCCAGAUCCUGUCUGCCGGCUAUGCACUCAUCAUGAUGGCCGUGAUCGUCGGUCAGACGCUGCAGCUGUACGAGGACGGUCCCGGAUCGCCCACGUUCAUCUUCCUCAUGGCCACAAUCCUUUUCAUGGUGAUAGCGGCCAUACUGCAUCCGCAGGAGUUCAAGUGUAUCAUCCCCGGCUUCAUCUACCUGCUCUCCAUCCCGUCUAUGUACCUGCUGCUUAUCCUGUACUCGCUGAUUAACCUCAACAACGUCACCUGGGGAACACGCGAGGUGCUCGCCAAGAAAACGAAAAAGGAGCUGGAGGAGGAGCGGAAGGCAGCUGAACAAGCCAAGAAGCGACCGGACGGCAUCCUGGGCUACCUGUACAACACGCAGCCGGAAGACCUGGACGGUUCGAUCGAGUUCAGCUUCGCCAACCUGUUCCGCAUUAUGUGCUGCACUUACCCCAAGCAGGUCAACGAGCGCGAACAGCUGAAGAGGAUUGCCGACUCGCUGGAUGCUCUCAACAGACGCAUGGACCAGGUGGAAGGUGGUCACCACCACCACGGACGUCGGCGCAGCUUCAGUCGCAGCUCGGCUCAUGGCGGCAUCAACACAGUGAAAGAGGACGAUAGUGCUGUCUCCGAGAGCGACGAGUCCUCCAGCGAGACCUCAGGAGAGCCCAAGGAGAAGAGAGAUCAGCUGAAGAACCCUCUCUGGAUUGAGGACAAGGCACUCCGCAAGGGCAAGGUCGAGUUCUUGUCACCGAACGAGGUUCAAUUCUGGCACGAUCUUCUGGCCAAGUACCUGUUCCCCAUCGAUGAAGACAAGGCAGAGAAGGCCCGUAUUGCCAACGACCUGGCCGAGCUGCGAAACCAGUCGGUGUUCAUCUUCUUCAUGUGCAACGCCCUCUACUGCCUGAUCGUGUUCCUGCUGCAGCUGAACAAGGACAACCUGCACGUAAACUGGCCGCUCGGCGUCAAGUACAACAUUACUCUGAUCGAGGAGACCGGACAGGUUCUCAUCAACAAGGAGUACCUCCAGAUGGAGCCCAUCGGUCUCGUGUUCGUGUUCUUCUUCGCACUGAUCCUGGUCAUCCAGUUCUUCGCCAUGUUGUUCCAUCGCUUUGGCACCCUGUCGCACAUCAUGUCGUCUUGCGAACUCAACACCUGCUGUCACAACGAGAAAACCGACUCGCCUGAGGAGAUGCUGCGUAAGAACGCCGUGGAGAUUGUGAAGAACAUGCAGCGGCUACGAGACGAUCGCGGCGACGCCGAGUCGGUGGAGGGCGAGAACCGGCUGGCGCGCCGCAGAACCAUCCAGAACCUGGUCAACCAGCAGCAGCGGCGACAGCCCAUCGGCACCCUGGACGUCGCCUUCCGGAAACGGUUCCAGCAGCUCAGCAACCAGACCAGCGAAGCAACUCCUAUUCUGGGAAAUAUUCGAAGGGCAAGCUUGAGGGCUGACGCGCUGAAGGCUUUGGAACAGCGGAAGAACUCAGUAAUGCAAGAAAAGCAAAAGAAGAAGAUGGAAACCCUUGGUGUUGGAAACAAGUAUAACAACCAGCCGAAGCGUCACCGCAUUUCGAACGUAUCCGGCGUGGAGAGCCUGCAGGGCGCGUUCGCGCCGCCUAGCACCCGGCCCAACGGCAGCGUCAACGACGGCUACGAGAACAGCUCGGGCGACGAGGCGCCCACGCGCUCCGGCGGAGCCACCGGAGUCACCUGGCACGACCCCGAGAUGGGCGGCCGCCGGUGAGACUGACCGUGCUGCCGCCUGGCGGCCGGCCAGCGCGGCUCGGCAGCGGGCGGCCGCCGCCAGAUGGUGCAAUCAGCGGCGCGGCCCGCUCGGUGCGGCGAGAGCCAUGACAUGGAAUCCGGACGGCAGCUGCCGGGCGCGCGAACCGGGCCGAGCUUCAUAGAUUGAGAGCUGGCCACUGGCCGAGGUACAGGGCGAAGGUGGUGGCAAACUGUCCCGGCCCGAAGCCGCCGGCGCCGCGGAUCCCAUAACCUGUGAUACGUGAAUGUGUUCGAAGGUGGUGUGAUGUCUGCUGCGAGGAGAGCGCCAUUGUCUGAAAUGUCAUUGCGCAACUAUUCUCCAUGUGAAAAAUUGAUCUGCAUGUUUCUUCCAUGUAAUUCCUGGCUAUGUAGAUAUUGUGAAAAGAUGCAGGGCAUGCUCAUUGUCAGAAACGCUUUUUUUAAGAACCUUUUUGACUGUUGUCAGAAAGAGACCAUCUACGGUUCGUUUAUUCGUAAUAUCUUCUAUUGAAAUGUCUUAUUGUUAUAGCCGAGACGAUAUUUAUGCGAGAGAAUAUUGAGCAUAGCCAUCGACAAACCGUGCACCAGUUCUGACUCUGUACCAGUUUUAUAUUUCAACGAGCAGUCGGCAGGAUCGACGGCAAAAAUCGAUUUUUUUUUUUAAGUCGGGACGCCCUGAGUAAAUGCUUCUGAGCUUUACACGGAGAGGAAUCUCAUGGAGAAUCUCUUGGUCAGGCUCGGCUGUCUUAUCUCCUUGUAACUGAUAGGCUAAGGCUUGGUUGCGAACGUUUGGUAAAAUAGCAGCAGAAGGCGGAGGCGGACGGCGUUUCGAGAAGCUUGCGUCAGUUGCAAAAUAAUACUUUCCAAAAACGUUCGUUUCGACCGUUUCCCUGCUUAACUUCCACUAUUGAUCUAACAUGACAAUCUGUAAAUACCUUCAGGCAGCCAUGGUGGUCAGGCAUUCCUCAAUUGCCUUGUGCACAUAUCCGACAACAUUGGGUCAUUCCGAGCACUUCUCGAAACGCUGCAGCCGAACUCUCCACCAUAAAUGCCAUGAAUGCAGAAACCGCCUCCAGCCGGUGGCUGAUACCUAUCGACUGCCUCGAUGAGCGUUCUCUGACGAGUGACGAGCUGAACCCGUUGUGGACGGAGUGGUCGCUCGCACGGGGCUCUUACGUCCUCCCGGCACGGGCUGGCAAUGAGGGACGACUGUGACUUAGCAAACUUCUGCCGCCCGUGGCCGUUACUGGUGUAGAGUCAGAGUAGAAUCAUGCCAUGUGCGAAAUAUACUGAUGGUGACGAUG